AUGAUAGUCUCCUCGAGCCGCAUGCGCGGCCUCUGUGUUUGUCUGGUUCUUUGCUCCGUCACCAGCCAUGUCUUUCCUUCCACUAGCACGAAUUUCUUCUACUCAGACGGGUAUUGCUUGCCUUCAAGUUCCAAGGGUCUCAGAAAGGCUGCCGUUCCCGGCAGCAGGGAGAAACUGGGCGUCUUGGGCUCCUUUGGAACCGCGCUGCACUCGACAGAGUUGCUGGAUAGGAUGCUCUCUACUGUGAGGUUAAGAGGAGGAUCAAACGCUGAGGGAGGCGAGAAUGAAGAUGAACCUCCUCGUCCUCCUAUCGAUGACUAUCCUCCUCCUAGCGAAGAAGGCGACUUCCGUCCCAACACGGGCCGAGGAGGCUACAGGGACGACCGCGACAUAGAGGACGCGCGGCAUCCAGAUCAUGCAGACUCAUGGCGAAAUGUGGAUGAGUAUCCUCCCGAAGGAGACUGGGCCGAUCGCCGGAGGGGCAGCCGAUCCGGAGGCUACAGAAGGAGAGCUGGCGGGCGUGACAGAGGCUACGGGGGAGGCUUUCAAGACGAUGAUAGAAACGAUGAUGGAGGCAUCCCUCCUCCUCCACAGGAGGACAGGGAGUACGAGAGGGCACAGGAUCCUGAGUUCGAUCGGAGAGCCCCGACGAGACCACCGUUCGAUGACUACGAAGAUUCGAGAAGGCCAGAGAAGGAAAACGAACCUCCUGGGGGCCGGCAGGAGGCUCGAGAUCUGGACAGGGCGGCUAGGCCUGUUCCUUACCUUCCACGAGGAUAUGACUAUGAGGAGAGGUACGAUCGACCCUUGUCUCCGCCCAGGUUCAGCCGAGGUAGAGAGCGCGAUCCCCGCGACCGAGACCCAGCCGAUCGAGAUCGCUAUCGAAGCUAUGGGCGAGGCAGAGCCGUCGACCAGCCACCGUAUGAGAGGGAUGCCUACUGGUGGAAGCGAUAUUUGCUUGAUCGCAGGGUUGACGAGCUCGAGCAGGUCUUCAACAGGUUUGGGAGGAUUCUAGACGUUUACAUCCCUCGUUCCUAUUACAAAGGCAUCCCAAGGGGUUUUGCCUUCGUGGAGUUUGAGAAUUAUCUGGACUGCAAGGCGGCUCUGAGGAGCUACGACGGAACGAGACUCGACGGGCGAGUCCUCAGCAUCUGCUACGCACAAAUGAAUAGGAAGAGCUCGGGGGAAAUGAGGAGGAGGAAUCGCCAACCUCGCCAUCCUGAGAGCUACAAGCGCCCGAGGCUUGAUUCUGUUGACGAAGGCGGGCCAAGAGACAAUCGGGACGAGUUUCCUCCUCCUCCUCGACCCGGCAGCACAGAACCUUUCUCCCGCUCCGUAGAUCGGAGAGCUCGUGAGGACGAAGAUGCUUAUCGUGGACCCGAUGGGCCGGAUCGAGAUGACAGCCCAGGCAGAGGGGAAAGAUGGAGGACGCACGAAGAGGCUGAGGCGAGAGCUUGGCGAGAUGUGGAAGGGCCCGGUGGAGAGGGGAGAUGGAGAGAGGACGACCGAGAUGGAGAAGAUAGGAGAGAGGAAGAGGAGACUAGAGACAGAGAGCAUGGAGAGGAGCAGGAGUCCCAUGACAGGGACCCUCCUGCUCCUGAAAAUGGAGGAUACAGUGAAGGCCAGCGCGAGCAAGGGGCAUCAGAGCAUCACGAUGACAACUACAAGCCCGACGAGCACCACGAGGGAUGA